AUGGCAAGUUUACUGUCAAGACGCGUGUCUGUAGCUGGCACAAAUAAAGUAAAAGAUAAAUCAUCAGCUUCAGGGACUGCAGACACAGGUGCUCUAGAUUGCAGCAAACAUUCAGAGCUAGGGAAAAAAAUGACUUUGCAAGAAAAAUUAGACUUUAUCGACGGCGAAAUACGAAAAAUCCAUAUGUUUUGCACAAAAUCUGGAUAUAGCGCAUCUCAAAUAGAGCACUUUGCCGAACCGUUUUUAAAUCGAAGUUCAAGUCAUAUCAGCUCGGUUAUAUGGGUUAGCGGUAAAGCAUGGAAGAGGCGAGCCGUAGCUUUAACUACUGUGAUCGUAGCUACGUUAUUUUUGUUUAGAUAUGACCCCGCCUACAAACUGGCCAGCGCAAUCAGCAAACAGGGAGCCAUUCAGGUUUUACCACUAUGGGACUGGACGUCUGACUGCUUGGUGAUUAACCCCCUACACGUCAGCAACGACGACCUUGACCCCUCCAAGUGCGAGGUCUGCGAGUCGAUAGACCGGGUGGCCAGAAUAAAAAAUGCAACUGCCGACCGUGUGAUGGACGACUACGUUAGGAGGGACAUCCCCGUCAUUGUUACUGACGGGACCAAGGACUGGGCAACGUCAAAGAAAAACCUGUCGAUUGGUCAGAUAGCAGAGGCCUAUAACAAUAAUCCCGUGCUGAACAAAUACGAUAGCUGUGGUUACCUUAGCAACCUGAGAAAAUUGGACCAUCUGGACACUCUCGCCAUGAUCUCUGCUGGGAAACUGGACAAAUUCUUCGCUCAUUGGAUCAACUGCAACUACUACGCCGCUAAAGCCUUCCGGUCCCUGUAUCAGCGCCCCUACUUCGUGCCACAGGACACCGUCUACAUCGACGCCUACAACUGGCUGUCAGUCUCCGCCAACUACAGUGGGAAGAUUUACAAAAACAUCAACAUCUCCGACUCGAUGAUGCUCUAUAUUCAGGUGAAAGGUCAGAGCCGGGUCAAGGUUGAGUCAUGGAAACCUUGUGACGAUCUCUGCUCUAAAUUUGAAGAACUCCUUCGCGAGGGAGAAAUACUGGUUGUGUCUGGAGGCAUCUGGAGACUCUAUUACCUGCCCUUGAUGGCGCCAGAGAGCAUCUCGUUUGUGUUGACCGGCUCUUUUUGAAGCAUCCACAAGUUCCUACACCUUACUGGACUGUGUGGUACGGCCAGGACAAUGGUUGAGAUAUGUUUAAAAGUUAAGCUAAUUGAAACAAACACUGAAAACACAUGGAAAUGGAAAACUGUACAAUUUUAUGUUUUGUUUAGCUAAAUUUUUUUAGAUGGCAAUUUGAGAGGCUUUCCCAUGUGUAGCAUUAAAAUAAUAGUUGGAACGGUAUUUAAAUCGCAUUAUUCCUAAAUAUAAAACAAUACAUUUUUUUUGUUAUCUAUAUAGCAAUAAUCCCAUUAGUAUGAUGUUAUGAAAAAGGAACAAAAUGACUUAGUCCUCAGUACAACUUGACUAUAUAACAGUACAGCACACAACAUUACUAUAUAACAGU